CUAGCAUGGCUACCAAAGUGGAGAUGAGAGUAAACGGGCACCAGGCAGACAAGGCGGCAUCAAAAGAGCACGUAUUGGCUGUUACCCGAAAUUACAUAUCCCACCCCAGGCUGAGUUACCGAACAGUGUGUGGAGUAAAUGGACCGCUGGUGGUGCUGGAUAAUGUAAAAUUUGCCCAAUAUGCAGAAAUUGUGAACUUCACCCUCCCAGAUGGCACCCAACGAAGUGGCCAAGUUCUCGAGGUCGUGGGCUCCAAGGCCAUUGUUCAGGUGUUUGAAGGCACAUCUGGGAUUGAUGCCAAGAAAACAACCUGUGAAUUCACGGGGGACAUCCUGAGGACACCUGUUUCCGAGGACAUGCUGGGCCGCGUGUUUAACGGCUCCGGGAAACCUAUUGACAAGGGUCCAACUGUGAUGGCCGAGGAUUUCUUAGAUAUCAAUGGGCAGCCGAUUAACCCGUAUGGCCGGACAUAUCCAGAGGAAAUGAUACAGACUGGGAUCUCACCCAUCGAUGUCAUGAACAGCAUCGCCCGAGGGCAGAAGAUCCCCAUCUUCUCCGCAGCAGGUCUACCUCACAAUGAGAUCGCAGCCCAGAUUUGCAGACAGGCCGGUCUUGUUAAGAAAUCGAAGGAUGUGAUGGAUUAUCAUGACGACAACUUUGCCAUUGUGUUUGCUGCGAUGGGUGUAAACAUGGAGACUGCCAGGUUCUUCAAGUCGGACUUUGAGGAAAAUGGCUCCAUGGAUAACGUCUGUCUCUUCCUGAAUCUGGCCAAUGACCCAACAAUUGAGAGGAUCAUCACCCCCCGGCUGGCCCUGACAGAAGCCGAGUACUUGGCAUACCAGUGUGAGAAGCACGUUCUGGUCAUUCUGACAGACAUGAGCUCCUACGCUGAGGCCCUGCGUGAGGUGUCAGCAGCCCGGGAGGAGGUGCCGGGCAGACGAGGCUUUCCCGGGUACAUGUACACCGAUCUGGCCACUAUCUAUGAGCGCGCUGGUCGGGUAGAGGGCAGGACUGGGUCUAUUACUCAGAUCCCCAUUCUGACCAUGCCUAACGAUGACAUCACUCACCCCAUUCCUGAUUUGACCGGGUUCAUUACAGAAGGACAGAUCUACGUGGACCGACAGCUCCAUAACAGACAGAUCUAUCCUCCAAUCAACGUGCUUCCUUCUCUGUCCCGACUCAUGAAAUCCGCUAUCGGGGAAGGAAUGACCAGAAAAGACCACGGAGAUGUCUCCAACCAGCUGUAUGCGUGUUACGCUAUUGGGAAGGAUGUCCAGUCUAUGAAGGCUGUGGUGGGAGAAGAAGCUUUGUCUUCGGAUGACCUCUUGUACCUGGAGUUCCUGCAGAAGUUUGAGAGGCAGUUCAUUGCUCAGGGAGCAUAUGAGAACCGAACAAUAUUUGAGUCGUUGGACAUUGGGUGGCAGCUGCUGCGCAUCUUCCCUAAGGAGCUACUGAAACGCAUCCCGGAGAGCAUGUUGGCCGAGUUUUACCCCCGAGAGUCCAGGGCACAGGCAGCUGGUGCCUCCUCCUCCUCCAGACUCUGAUUCUCCCAAUAUCUGACAUCUCUUGUAGGACCCACUAAACCUAAAAUAUAAGAUAGUUUAUGCAAAAGAGCUGCUAACAACAGUCAUAGAUGUAUAUGUAGAGGUGUCAGGAGCUAUUCUGAGCAGCAGAUAUUUCAGAUACAAUUUUCUGAACGGGGGAAGGUGUUGUCCAACGCAGACUAGUCUUUCUGUUAGUAAUCCCAUUGAAGGACACUGCAGGCAGCCUCCUACAGCCGCCAAUAGCCAAUAUGUCUAAUAACAGAGGAGACUGCGACCCAGCUGCGCUAAUAUUCAAAGCCACAUGUACAUAGAGGGCCUGCCUCAGAGUUGGACGUAAGUUCCUUUGUUCCAUGUUGAAUAAAUGACUUGCAUAUUAUGUGCCCGAUGCUGGUGCAUCUGCGGCCGCUUUUCCGUGCAGCUGCGGAAGCCUGUUUACUUUCUUACGCUAAUGCAAUAUUACUCCAAUCCAUGCUUAGUGCAAAAUAUCUGCCUGAUACAAGCGUCCCCGCCCUCAUGCCGCAUUACCCGUCGACUUACUCGUCCACGACACUCCCACAAGACGGAACAGUUCUGUGCAGGCACACGGUCACCAGCCCAGUUAAAUCACAGAAACACCCAAUUUUACAGACAGUGCACUCCAGCAAUGGAUGAAAACUCUACAUAUACCUGAUACGGCAUAUGCGCAGACGCCAAUCUUUUUGCUUGGUGCAAGUGCAGUAAAAUCCACAAGAUCCAUCUGUCCACUUGGGUCCAGCGCAGAAUCAGGCCCUAUGCGCAGCAUGUUCUUGUGUACAGUGCAUGGCCAUAGUUUGUGUGGUGGUCAGAAUCAUGUACAUGUAAGGUCAGCAUGGUAGGGGUGGGGAGAGGCAAGUCAGUCACUCCCCAUAGAGAUACACCCGGUUCGGACUUAUUACAGUGCCCUAGGGGACCGGUGCAAGAUUCCAAGCCAAGGGCUCUGACAGGAUACAGCCACAGAAAUGUGUUUGGGCGUAUUUCAGGUGGAUAUAAAAGCCUUACGUUCUAAAUCUAGCUCAGAAUGUCCGACAUCUGUGUUCUAUUGGUUAUAAAGUGCAACGGAACAUGGAGGCAUUAUAGAAGUAAAUGUUACUAAAUAAUUAAGGCAUUGGAACUUCUACAUAUACCUGUAUGAAUAGGAUUAACGGCCGCUUUGUAUAAGGCAAUCAAUGCAUCAGACACACGAGCAAUAUGCAUGAAAUAAUAUUUAUUUUUCAGUGUUGAUGUCUGACUAUUAAAAUUGUAAGAAAACCUAAAA